AUGCAACACACUUUCCUUUUAAAAAUCAUCUUCUUUGCCAUCGGGUUCAAACAAGCUUUUGUAGAAGCUUCCCCUACGCCAGGCUUAGGCAAUGAAACCCCCUCAAGCGGCAGUCCAAGCUCAUCGAAAACACCGGCGCAACGUACAAGUUCCCAACCACUGAAAAUUUCCGUUUCUUCAAUGGAUCCUGAAAGUAAAGGUCGACAUUUCUAUGAGAUGAAGAAAUCUGUACGAGACUCGUCUUUAAGAAGACUUGUUGAGAAAGGCGAAGCAAAAAAUCUCCGUGAGGCCAGUCACAUUCGUGCAAAAAAGAACCUUCAAGUGAAUUUGAAAACAGAAAAAUCUGGCAGUACUCGUAAGACUCGUAAAAGCCAAGUAAAGCCCGUCGAGCAAAGCUAA